AUAUAAUAUUAUGUUAAAUCCUAGAACAAUCGUGGUUAAAUCGUGUAAUUGUGACUUGUGAUAAUAUGAUAGCGAUGUAUUUGAAGUGUUAUGACAUAACAAUUCACUUCAGUUUACAGUUUAUAAAUGCAGAAUACUUGUUGUGAAAACUUCAGCUAACUGUUAUUGCUUUAUUAACUUUAGUGGUUUAGUCUAAAAUCGGUAAUAUAUUUUUUAGAACGACCUAUAAAAUAUGCAACAGUUGACGGUUAAUACUGCAUUAGUGUAUUUCAAUCAAUUUUUAAGUUUUACGUGGUUUAAAGAUUAUUAUUUUAGUUUUUAGUCGGUACCUACUUACUGUGUUCUGUUCUAACGUUAGUACUGGCGUAGUUGAUGCUUACAUUAUAACUAUGGCUAUAGACAAAAAUACUAUGCGCUCAAAAUUUAAUGAGCAAAUACAAUUAAUUUUAAUGAAUAAACGAGAAGAUAAUAAUGCUUUUUUGUCAACCAGUGAUUAUAGUAGAGUUAUUCAACAGGUGAAAAAAUCAAAAAAAUCUUUAAACACUGUUGGUGAAAAAAAAACUACAAAAGACUAUCGUGUGAUACGUAAGUAUGAUAUUUUAGUUAUGGACGGAAAGGAACAUCUGAUUAGACCUAUUGAUGAAAAAAAUGUAGUAUUGUACUAUGCAACAAUUGAUGAACUAUUUGAUAUUCUUUAUGACACACAUUCUGCAAUAGGUCAUGGUGGACGAAAUCGUAUGGUAUCUGAACUUAAACAUAAUUAUUGCAAUAUAACUAAUGAAACAAUUAUGGUAUUUUUAAAAUUAUGUGCUGAAUGUCAUAAAAAAGCUGCAUGUUCAAAAAUAGGAGUAUCACCUAAACCAACUCUACAGCCUACUUUCAACUCUCGAGGACAAGUAGAUUUAAUUGACAUGCAGACUCAACGUCAUAAUGAUUAUAGAUUCAUAAUGAAGUAUCAGGAACAUUUGACUAAAUAUAUAGUCUUGAAACCACUGAAAUCAAAAUGUGCUGAAGAAGUUGCCUAUAAUUUAAUUGAAAUCUAUACUUUAUUUGGGGCACCUUCAAUUCUACAGUCAUCUAGUGGAAAAAAAUUUGUAACAUCAGUAAUUAAUAAACUUCAUGUCAUAUGGGAUGAAAUAAAAAUUGAUUAUGGAUGGCCAAAGCACAGUGAAAGUCAGGAAUCUGUUGAAAUUACUAAUAGGGAUGUCCAAGAAAUGUUAUCAGCUUGGAUGGACAAAAAAAACAGUUUGGAUUGGCCAUCAGCAUUAAAAUUCAUUCAAUUUAAAAAAAAUCGGACUUUUCACUCGGGCAUAGGUACAUCUCCCUAUGAAGCAAUGUUUGGAUGCACUGCCAGAAUAAAUUUAGCGACAUCUAAUCUUCCUAAUGCUGAAAUUACUGAAAUAAAACCAGAUAAAGAUUUAUGAAAUAUUACUCAUGUUCUAAUAAUGAAAAGUAUGACAAAGUUAACACUUAUCAAAUGAAAUUACAGCUUAUUAUCAAGAAGACAAGAAAUAGCUGUUUGUAUAAGGAAAACCUUUGAACUAUGAUGAAGUGAUUAAAUUAGCAAAUGAAAAAAGGUAACUUCAAGAAAAGCGAUGAUUAAUAGUUGUAUGAUGGGUUUCAUGGGAAACCAGGGCAGCCGUUGCAUGAUUAAUUGUUAAUAAUUAACAUUCUGCCUGCAACAAGGCACUAUGGAUACAUUAUGUAAAAAAUAUAUAAUUUAUAAUAUUUUACGAAUUGUGUUUAAAUAAAAAGGUAUUUAACA